CACUGUCCUCGGCGACAGUCUGAUUUGAGCUACAGACAUGGAUCGUUGGGUAGGUAAAGUUGCCGUUGUAACUGGUGCGAGUGCUGGAAUCGGUGCCGCGAUUGCAGAGGCCCUGGUCAAGGAGGGUCUCACGGUCGUUGGACUUGCCAGGCGGUUGGAAAAGCUGGAAACUUUGUCAGUGAGCUUGAAAGGAGCAAAAGGUACAUUUUACGCGAAACAGUGUGACGUGAGCAAGGAAGAGGAUCUUCUCGGCGCGUUAAAAUGGGUGAAAACAGAACUCGGAGGCAUUGACGUCCUUGUCAACAACGCCGGUAUCGUCAAUGGACGCAAGUUCUUAGAUGACGACGCUGCUUCAUUGCGAAAUAUGUUGAACGUGAAUUUCCUGGCUACUGCGCUCGGCACCCAGGAAGCGGUGGCUUCGAUGCAGAGCCGCAAUGUACCGGGUCAUAUUAUCAACAUAAACAGUGUGGUUGGACACAAAGUUCCAGACCAAGUGAUGAACAGCAGUGCUUACUGCGCUACAAAGUUCGCAGUGACAGCUUUAUGCGAGACUGUGAGGAAAGAAAUUGCGGUUGCAAAGUCUGACAUAAAAAUAACGAGUCUUAGCCCAGGAUUCGUCGCUACCGAAAUCAUAAAGCAAUCAGGACUGUCUGACUCCGCUAUGCUAGAGCUUUACCAAACACUCCCUUGCCUCGAACCUCAGGAUGUCGCCAACGCGGUAGUUUAUGUCUUGGGAACGCCGAAAAAUGUCCAGAUAACUGAAUUGAAGAUUCAACCCCUGCACGAGCGGUUCUAGGAUGCGACCACACAAUAACUUGCCGAUGAAUUCAAGUACGUUAUAAUCGCACGCAAGUUGCAAAUAAAAAAAAAGUACAGGCGAAUCAA